AUCGCCUCAACAGUAAGCAAGCUCGCCCCAGGCUUUUUUUGUGUGUUCGCGCACCUCGCUCGAGCUGCUCCGCGUGCCGUAUAUACGACGCUCUCCGAAGGGAUCGCUCGAACCCCGACCGAAUGUUCUCGACGCUUCGCGGUGGCGGACUGCGCCGCAUCGGACUGCCCUCAGUACGCCUUGAAGACUACGUGAUUGGGCAAAAUGAGGUUGAAAAUGACGUAAGCUUUGCCCCCGCAUCGUGAGUACGCUUUGGAGUAGCGAUCGAGCCAGCUUUGCGUCACGGAACGGUUUGUGGCAGUGUUUUGUGCAGUGACGUCGCUUUAUGAUGAAGAUGGUCAAGGUCGAAAUGCCAAUGCCCAGCCCCAUGGAUAGCAGCCACGAUCCAAAUCAACUCUGCGAACAUGUCCGCCUCGAUCAACUUUCAAUUAGCAUGCCUGCGGUGAGCUGCAGCUCCAGCAGCGGCACCACUUUGACGACGACAAAUGAGCCUGACUCUGAGGAAAAGGUUGUGUCUACCACCAAGAAAUCGGGAGCAGGCGUCAGGCGACAAGAGAAACCUCCUUACUCGUACAUCGCUCUUAUAGUCAUGGCUAUACAGAGCUCACCGUCCAAGCGCCUAACCUUGAACGAAAUCUACAACUUUCUGCAACGAGAGUUUCCGUUCUUCCGUGGAGCUUACCAAGGAUGGAAGAAUUCCGUCAGACACAACUUGUCUCUAAAUGAGUGCUUCAUCAAGCUCCCCAAGGGCCUGGGACGUCCUGGGAAGGGACAUUACUGGACUAUCGACCCCAGCAGUGAACUGAUGUUUGAAGAAGGGUCCUUCCGACGGAGACCGCGUGGGUUUAGAAGGAAAUACCAGACGAUGAAGCCUUACACGACUUACUACCCGACUGCCUCAAGCGGCGGUCUUCUUUCACCUUCGCCUUAUGAUCUUCUCAGCCAACCACAGCACCAGUCCGGAUCCCUUCCUAGCCACGCUCAAAUAGCAGCAGGACACCACCAAGCCUACAUCACUGCAGAUCCACAAUCCAUGAUGUCGUCAUCCUCAAACGCUCUGACCCCGACAUCGCACUGCAGCUUCACGUCAGCUGGUCAAAACACGCUGGGCGCAGUAGGGCACCACUACCUGACCAACUGCUCACUCCAGCAGUCCAUGACGUCCAUGGCCAGCCAGAGCUCGGAUUUUUCUAUGAACUCUUCGAUAUACAGCGCAACGCCGUCGAGCAUCACAAUGGAGCCCAUGGCCGGGUGGGGUACCUGCCCACCCCACGCCGGUCACGGGGCACCCUACAUAAAGCAGCCUCCCCCGAGCCCGGUGCCGAGUCCGGUUUCGCAGAUGCAGAGUUUGCCACCGGACCUGGGGCCCUCAGCGUAUUCCGCCAGUUCGUCUAAUGUUCAUGGACAGUCUCUACUAGGAAGCCCUGACAAUAUGGACAUCGCACUUGCAGGAAUGCGGUUCCAGCAUGGCGGAGGCAGCCCUUGCGAGAGGAAGGUCUUCCCAACGCCCUUCUCGACUUCCCUGGGAAGCAUGAGUCCUAGUGCCGCGUCCCCAGCCCUGCCGCAGCCGCAACCAUUGUAUUACGAACCCAAGUACACGCUCUGAGGAUGUGCGUUGGUGUAGGCGCCGGGGGCCGAUCGCUGAUCUUACCACGGCUCUCGAUAACUAUGGUGGCAGCAGGGACCGUCCGUUUCUCAGCUCAUCUGCGGGUCGAACGAGACGACUUGCGAGCAGUAACCAGGCGUCACUUGUCAUGUCACGGUUUGAAUUGUGGUGACUCUUGCUUCUUAUCUUUGGAAACUGCGGAUGAUCAUAGUGUCGUCGAAACAUCAACUUGGUGGAAUAUCAAUGCGACAUUGACGUGGAACGGGAGACGCUGAUAACGCGCGCAGAUGCACCGUCUAAUAUCAGUGCUGUGCGCGUAAUUUUGUUGGUUUUGUAAAAAGGGAGGAAGAGAAACGAUGAGACGCGCGUAGGGAAAUAAAACAAACAAUCUAGAGAACUAGUUCCGUAGGUCCCGUAUUUCCUGCUAGUCUCCUCGCGCGCUGCCCUCGUUUUGUCGAUGAUCCGUCAAACUACUCGGCGCACGCGGGGCUCCGGGGACGGCGUCAAAUAUCACUCAAAAUUGGAGAAUAGUGCCACUGAAACACUCAUCGUUUAUCAUAUUCCCUCUCAAUGCAUUUGGACGAAGGAAGAUUGCUGUAACAGUUAUGUGGCAUUCGUUAUUCCGCUUGUAGGC